GACUGAAAUUACUGGAUUCAUUAUCAGUGGCAGAAAGCCAGUUAAGCAUAGAAUGUGGUGAAAAACUUUUUUGUGGCCUGUCACUUGAUGUAGUACUCUGCCUUCCCACACUGGCAUUACAGUUAGGAUUGACAGAAGCUGAAUUUCAUCUGAUUGAGAUGGAUCAUAAAAAUGAUUACAGGAGACGAGUAAUAGAGGUGUUUUGGAAGUGGAAAAAUAAGAAUUUAAAGAAUGAGGCCACUUAUCUAAGUCUGAUCAAGGCUUUUGUUGAGGAAAUGAACAUAAAGGCUGCUGAAUAUGUCAUACAUUUUUAUAAAAGUCAUCACCUACAGUCUUUAAUGAAAUGUCACUCAUCAUGGACCAACAGUCAGUCCAAAAGUACGCAAAAGUCAUUAUCAUCGGAGAAAGUGACUCAAAGACAUAGUUAUCAAGAAUCUCAAAGUUUUAUCACAGAAAAGCCUCAAAGAUGUAGCUCAUUAGGGGGAAGGGAUAUCUCUUAUAAAUUCACUUCAAGAUCUAAUAGUCAAUUUAGAGGAGUUCUUCAGCAUAACAAUGUCUUUUCACAAGCUUUUGAUUUCUUUUGUGAUGCUCUCGUUACUAUUUUAUCAAGCGAUCAGGCUCUUUUUCAUCAAUUUGUCGAAUUAGUCACUUCAGAUUUACUUACUCAUCCUAUAGAGAGGGAGAAACCACUACGUAACUCAGGCUCAGUCAUCGGAUGCAAGAUUCUUGUAAAUGAUGUUUGGACAUUCAUUAACAGGGCAAGGAAUCCUGAACGUGCUUUACAGAGAGUCUUGUUUAUACUCACUCAAAUUGAACAGGUUACAGAUAUUGCUUGUGGAAUUAAAGAUAUAGCUCUAGAAUCUGGGGUUAAAUGCACUUUACUUUGUGCAAUGAAUCGUAAAAUGAAGAACAAAGAUCAUGGGCCAUUGGCAAUUGCUUGUGUGCCAGAUACUCAAAAUAUCAUCAUAGCUCACGAUGGUGCAGUAGAUACAUGUAGUUUAAUCAAAAAAUAUGCUCUUAAAUUGAAAAAGUAUUAUCAAGGUUUGCCUGCCAAUCCAAAGUGGUCCCCAGCUAAAGCUCGAGAUAUUUUUGAAUAUGUAGAUUUGGUUGCCGUGUCUCUUGAAAAUGAAUCAAAGAAAGAGACUUCACUUUUAGCUGACCUUUUCAAUGUGGCAUGUGGCUCUUCUGUCCUGAUAGAGGGUAUUCCUGGAAUUGGAAAAUCAACUUUAGCCUAUGAAAUGUGCAAACGAUGGACAGAUGGCAGUGCCUUACAAGAAUACUCAUUGAUCUUACUUUUACCUCUUCGUGAUGAUAGUGUUCAGCGUAACUGGUCACCAGAUAAAAUUCAAGAGUUGAUUGGAAUAUAUCUCAAUAUGCAGUCCUGGAAAUCUGAAGUAGUACAAAAAAUAUUUGAUGAUGAUGGUGAAGGUUUGUUGAUAAUUCUGGAAGGUUUCGAUGAGCUACCAGAAGAUAAGCCUUCAAAUGUUGAUGUCCUUAAAGUGAUAAUGCGUGACAUGUCUGAUGCUACAAUCAUUGUUACAACCCGUACAUCAACCACUCAUGAACUGUCAAAAAAGAUUCGAUUCAAAAAACAUAUUGAAAUUCAAGGCUUCAAUGAAGACAGUCGAAACCGCUAUGUGACAACUUUUUUCAAAAAUAAUCACAAGCAACAAGAAUCAUUUAAGCAAUACAUUGAUAAGUAUCCAGUGAUUUCUGGGUGCCUUUAUAUUCCUCUAAAUUUAGCUAUACUUUUGGACGUAAUUACAAAUCCCAAAUUUUCUGAAUUGCCAAAAACGAUGACAGAGUUGUACGAGGUGCUAAUAAAGAUGUUGAUAUACAGAGAAAUAGAAAGUGAAGCACCAGCUGGCAUGCUAACUCAAAUUCCAAAUUUGAGUGAGAUACCUGAUCCUGCUAUUCAAGAUGCAUUUGAUAACCUUUGUAAACUAGCCUAUGAAGGUACUGUUGCUGGUAAAAGAGGCCAACAGCAAUUAGUGUUUUAUGAACGGGAAAAGUACAAAACCCUUGGAUUGAUGAGAAGAGAAGUGAAAGUUUUACCAAAUGAAGGAGGGGACAUGUUUGCUUACAGCUUCCUCCAUUCAACAAUUCAAGAGUUUCUUGCAGCAUAUUUUAUAUAUGGCUUAACCUCUGAAGAAAUUCAAAGUCAUCUCAAUAAGUACAAUAACAGUUACAAGAUGUCUGUCACAAUGCGUUUUUUGGUUGGACUAACCAAGCUCGAAGGACAAAGUCUUAUUCUUAAUAAGAAAAUGUCGUCCCUGAAUAUUUUUCACCAGCUCAUGGAAGUUAAGAACAAUUUGCUCGUUUCUCAGGUAUUAAACCAGCAAGAACAAAUUACAAUAGCACGUGUAUCAACAAUUAUGACAGAGCAUGAUUUCUAUGUAUUAGGAAGAUGCAUGGCUUUGUCAUUUACUACUUGGAGAUUUGGCUUCACAUUAAGAGCACUAACAAAUAAACACAUGAAGAUGUUGGUGCUAGGUUUCAAAUCAGUAAAAGGAGUGAUGGAGCUAAGUGACCACCCCCGUGUUAAGCAUAUUGGUUUGUCUCUUAAUCAACUUGGCAAUGAUGGUGUUUCCAGUGUUGUUAGCUUACCUCCAUUCAUUUUAGGAACUAUAUUGGAGUUGAAUUUAAGAGCCACGUCAAUUAAUAAGGAAUGUUUGCCUCAUUGCAUUCCAAAAAUUGAACAUUUUUCCAACCUGGUAACAUUUUUAUUUCAUGACAAUGGGUUUAAAGAAGGUGAGCAGCAGCCACUAAUUGAUAACCUCUGCAGACUAAAAAACUUAAAAAAAGUUUCCUUCUCUAACCUCAGUCCUGCAGAAUGUGUUACUGUCCUAACAGAAUCUCAAAGUAUAUGCAAAGUUGAAUUUUAUGAGUUAUCAUUGGCAUCUGUUGGAGCAGUCUUGGCAACAUUGCAUCAAUGCAAGAUACUUGAGUGUAUUGAGAUGUAUGAAAGUCACAUCAUGAGAGAAGUAGUUGCUGGAAAUUUGAUGCAAUCACUGCCUCGAUCUUUUAGAGAGCUAAGACUGAAAAAUUGUGCUAUUGAUUCCAACACUGCUUGCAUUAUAUUUGAUGCAGUUAUAUGCAGGGAUAGUCAAGCUGUACAGAUUCUUGAUCUUGGGGAUAAUAUCAUUGAUGAUAAAGGUGGUCGCCACUUAGCUGGUUUGAUACCGCUGCUAGCUCUAAAAAAGACUUUGUCCCUUAAUGAAAUCUUCCUCCAUCAUAACAGCUUCACUGAAAUAACUAUAAUUGAAUUAAUUGAUCAACUUGCGUGGUUUCCCUCUGAUGUAGACCUGGUGGUUUAUCUUUCUUUGCAAUGGGAAGGAUUUGUCAAUCAGUUCAUUGAACAUUCACCAAUUAAACAUGGAGCAUUAAAACAUUUUGAAUUUAAACGUCCUGACAUGCACCCAUCCACUUCUACUUAAUUAGCUAUGUUAUAUUAAUGCUAUUGAUUUUAUAAUUUUGCUUAGUUAUGUAUUUUUCAUUUUAUGAAAA